AGUAGAACUAGUUCCGAACGCUCCAUUUCGAUUCGAUUUACGUUUUUUCGGAUUCAACUCUGCUAGAAACUAGAAAGCACACUAAAACAUUAAGGAGUCAUAUUCUUGCAUCUGCUUUUUCGGAACCGGGAAUUAUACCCAAUUCGACCAAAAUCUCUCAAGCUUGAAUCUAGGUUUUGGGAAUGGAGGGUUGGGAUCCAAAUACAAAAUCAACUCUCACACAGAUCCCGCUUUUGUCGACGAAAGCGGGGCCGCGAGAUGGCGCGGCCUGGACACAGCGGCUCAAGGAGGAGUACAAGGCACUUAUCACCUAUACGUCGAUGAACAAGUCGAGGGAUAAUGACUGGUUUCGUAUCUCCGCCGCUAAUUCGGAAGGGACUCGGUGGACCGGCAAGUGCUGGUAUGUCCACAAUCUUCUCAAGUAUGAAUUUGACCUCCAAUUUGACAUCCCUGUCACCUACCCCGCGACCGCUCCUGAACUCGAGUUGCCUCAACUCGAUGGGAAGACUGAAAAGAUGUAUCGAGGAGGAAAGAUUUGCUUGACGGUGCAUUUCAAGCCACUCUGGGCGAAGAAUUGCCCGAGGUUUGGAAUAGCACAUGCCCUCUGUUUGGGUCUCGCACCAUGGCUUGCAGCAGAAGUUCCAGUUCUUGUUGAUUCUGGCAUGGUUAAGCACAAAGACGAUGCUUCUUCAUCCUCUGAAUCCUGAUGAGAAUUCCAUCUCUCUACAGUUCUAUCCUGGUGAUAUCCAUACACGUUUUGUGUUGUAGUUUUAAUUUAUUAUUAAGAAUUAAACUAAAUUCUUGCGAUGUAGGUUCAAGAUGCAGGGAUUUUUCCCAAACGCCUGAUACCAACAAUACAUGAUUGACAGUCUUUUAUUGACAUCUCAUUGUGAAUAUGUGAUACUCCCUCUGGUUCUCAAACAACUUCCCAUUUUUCUUUUCGGAAAGUCCCAAAAAUAACUUUACACUUCUUAUUUCCUUAUUUGACAAAUUAUCUACACUAAAACAAUGCAAAACAAUGCCAAACAGUGCCAAACAGUGUACUCCACGAUAAAGUCAAAUUUAAAUUUCUUAAACCGUGUGAAGUCAAAGUGUGAAGGUGUUUGAGAACAGGAUGGAGUAUAUAAAAACAAAUGCUAGAAGGCCAUCAUGGUUUUACCAUUGGAACUGAGGAUGUCAUUGUAUAAUUAUUCAUCUUUGUGGUGUGAUGUUUGAUUUGAUACUUGAUAGAUCAUUCUCCUUUGUAGGUAUGAGACCAGUUCUAGUUAAAAUUUACAAUUUUGCUAUAGGUACCCCAUAGUUACCCCAUUCCUACCUCAUAUAAAUACCCCUUUUUUUACCAUUCUUUUUACCCCUUUCCAAAAACAAUCCAAAAAUACCUUUCUCUCACCUCUCCCACAUCUCCCCACCGGCUCCUCAAAUUUCCGCCAAAACCCCCUCCUUCGAAAUUGCUACAGUGCUCCUCAACCAAUCUCUCACCUUCUUUGUUUCUUUCAUCUUGUAUUUCUUGGAUGGAUAUCAUGGGAAAGGAAGUAUCCGAGUUUAGUGAUGAUGUUCUUAUGGAUGGAUUGACAUGGGGAGAUGAAGGUGACAAGCUUGAUGAUGUGGGUAACGGUGGAAAUCCGCCAUCUCCGCUCGCGGUUGAAGUAGCGACGACUUCAAGGGAAGAAGAUGAUGAAGGUGUGGACAUUGAAGUCUUGGAGAAGGAUGAAGAGGAAGAACAGAUUUGUAUUCAAGUCCCCGUUGUGGGUAUGGAGUUCCCUAGUAAAGAUGCAGUGUACGAUUUCUACAAGGAGUACGGGAGAAGAGUAGGGUUUCCUGUUAGAAUAAGGAAUCUAGGAAAGAUGCGAAUGGAACAUCAGCAAUUGCAUUAGAGUGCGGGCGCGCUGGACAUAGACAAAGUCGAGCACAAAAUGUUUUGAAGUCUCUACCUUUAAUGCAAGUUGGUUGCAAGGCCAAAAUAAGAGCACGUAUAAAUUAUGUCGGAGGUUGGGUGAUUUCAACGGUUUGUUUAGAUCAUACCCAUCCUAUGAGUCCUACAAAGUCUAGACUAUUUCGAUGUAAUAGGAGGUUGACAGGAAAGCUAUGAGGCAAAUUGCAAUCAAUGAUGUCGCCGGAGAACCACUUCAUAAGAGUUUCAACUCCGCGGUUGUAGAAGUCGGUGGGUAUGAUCAACAUCCUUUCAUUGAAAAGGAUUGUAGGAAUUAUAUAGAUAAAGUGCGUAAACUUAGGUUGAGGAGUGGUGAUGCGGUGGCAUUACAAGAUUUUUUUUAGAAUGCAAGUUCAAUGCCUUGAGUUCUUC